AGCAUUUAAACCCCCUUGCUCUGCCUUAUCAACGCAAAAUUACCAACUCAAAUUCCAAUCAAUCACUUGCCAAAAAUCUAACUUUCCAUACCCUCCAUCAAAUUUCAUCAGAAUCCAAAAAAAACCCCCAAAUGGGCCUCUCCAUGAAUGUCGAUCAAGGCUCCAUCACUCGAUCGCACUAUCACACUCACAAGGUCUUCUUGUUCUGCAAUUAUAUUCUCCUCGGUGCUGCAUCCAGUUGCAUCUUCUUGACGCUCUCGCUUCGCUUGCUGCCUUCUCUCUGUGGAUUCUUUUUCAUUCUCCUCCAUAUCCUGACCAUAGCCGGUGCCGUAUCGGGCUGUGCAGCAGCCUCUUCGGGAGGAAAAAACAGAUGGUACGCGGCACACAUGGUGACCACAGUGCUAACUGCAAUAUUUCAGGGGUCAGCGUCGGUUCUAAUCUUCACAAGAACAGGAGAUUUUCUGGGAAACCUCAAGUCGUACGUGCGGGAGGAAGACGGAGCUCUGAUUUUGAAGUUGGCUGGUGGGUUGUGCGUGGUGAUAUUUUGCCUGGAAUGGGUGGUGCUGGUGCUGGCUUUCUUCUUGAAGUACUAUACGUAUGUGGAAGGUGAUGUUAAUGGCAAUAAUACUUAUGCUAUGAGGAGUGCCAAGGUACAACAAGAGGAGGAUUUGAAGGACUGGCCAUGGCCAUUCCAAGUCUAAUUUCAUAUUUUAAAUAUCUGGGUAUAGCAUAAUCGUAUGCCUAUUGUUUUUAUUGGCUGUCUCUAUUAGGCUGCGCAAUUCGUUCAUUUGUUGAGGUUUGUUUUAUUGCAUUAUUUUAUUUUACUUUGUUUUCUUGGGUAUAUUUGUAAUGGGAUGAUGAGCAUCUCAAAAAUAUUAUAAAAGAGAUCUUAAUCUGUUUCAUCUUU